UUAACAUCAAGAGCUAAGCAAAAGAAAAAGUAGACUAGAAAAAAUAAGUGGACACCUCAAUUUUGGGAAAAUAAAAAUGGAGGGGAAAGAAGUGAAAGUAUUUGUGGUAAUAUCAUUAUUAAUGCUUAUCAUUUUUGUAGAAGGAUCCAUGGCAGUUGAAGAUUAUGGUAGCUGCCUCGUUGACUGCAUCAAAGACAAAGUUCUUGAUUGUAUUUUCAACCCUGCGACUUGUAUUCCUACUUGUGCUGCAAAAUGUGCCAUACAAGUUCCUUCUCCAACAUCAGCUGCUGCAAAUUAUGCUUGUAACACUGGAUGCACCUUGAGCCAAUGCAAGAACUUCAUGAUCCUUAACGAUGGAAAGAAGCUUGGAGGAUGCAUGGCUAGUUGCAGCGACGAGAAUUGUGCCAAGCACAAGACAGUAGCUGAUUGAAGAACUUGUAACUAUGUAAUAUAGCUUAAUAAUAAAUGUUCGCCUCUAUUUGUUCUAAGUGGUGUGAUCAAAUGUUGAAUAUAUGAAAAAUUUAUAUUUCAGUUUAUUAAUUUCUAGCAGUGUCGCUUCAACGUUAAUUUGUAGUUGUGUUAUUAUAGAAGUAAUUCUUUUACUGAACUUGUUGCUUCUUAUUCUUCAG